AUGACGGAUGAAAACAAGACCUACGUCGGAUACGCUUCCCGCGACCCCUUGUGUGGUGAGGACAUUCCGGAAGAUUUCCUGAAAACCGUAUGGAUAAGCCGAUUACCAGGCAACCUGCGGGCGCUUACUACAUCCCAAAUCAAAGCUUCGUUAGAAGACUUAGCUGAAUCAGCGUCCAAGGUACAAGACGUCGCCCCUCAGGCUCUGCAGGUCCAUGCGUUGGGUAGUACCACUCAUGGCACGGAGAUAUCCGAAAUUGCAAGACAAAUGACCGAACUCACAAGAGAAGUUGCUGCCUUAAAGGCUGGAAAUCCUCCGCACACAUCAAGAUCUGGUUUCCGCGGCAGUCGAGCGCCGUUUAUGUCUAGCCGCCGUCAGGAACGUUCCACGUCGAGUCCCAGAGAUCAAUCCAUAUGCUGGUACUGCCUCACGGUCAUCGAUCGCUUUACGCGUUGGCCUGAAUCAUAUCCAUUGGCCGACAUCACCGCAGAGACCUGUGCACUAGCCUUUAUAUCAGGCUGGGUCGCCCGCUUUGGCUGUCCUACAAAAAUCGCCACGGACAGAGGCAGACAAUUUGAAUGCGAGCUUUUCCGAAGUUUGGCGGCAAUCCUUGGAUCCGAACAUCGACCAACAACUUCUUACCAUCCGGCGUGCAAUGGAAUGAUCGAACGUCUCCAUCGACAGUUAAAGGCAGCCAUAAUGUGCCAUACCAACACGCACUGGGUAGAAGCUUUGCCGUUGGUACUCCUCGGAAUCCGCAGUGCUUGGAAAGAAGACAUCCAGUCUUCGGCGGCAGAGCUCGUAUAUGGCGAGCCAUUGCGCCUACCUGGUGACUUUUUCAAGCCUUCAGAAAACACUCCAGUGGACUACUGCAAUUUUGUGGCCAGACUACGCAACCAUAUGUCUAAAAUCAUGCCAGUUCCGGGCACUCGUCACUCGCAGAGGCCGUUCUAUAUCCCGAAAGACCUCAGCUCCGCAGAUUAUGUUUUUCUACGACAUGGACCUGUCAAAGGAUCACUGGAAUCACCGUACACUGGCCCAUAUAAGGUUUUGCAUAGAGGAAGCAAAACAUUUAAAAUAGUGAUAGCCGGGAAAGCAUGCACUGUCACUAUAGACAGGCUCAAGCCAGCGUAUAUGUCUGAGGAUGAUUGGGGAAAUCUCAGCCACAGCAGCGCUACGCCUAACACGCCAUUGAUUCCGCAGCUACCCGCAUCUGCUCCCAAUAAUCCGCCGCUAGAACGGGAACAAACUGCAGAAAGAAGAACACGUAGCAGCCGAACCGUACACUUUCCGCCCCAUCUGCUUGACUAUCGACCGUAG